AUGGCAGUCUAUCACAGUGCAGAUGGGAGAAAAUUCUUCGUCCCCCUCGAGAACAACCCUCAGGUCUUCACAAACCUAGCCCACGACCUAGGCAUGGACCCCAAGCUGGCGUUUCAUGAUGUCUAUUCCCUCGACGAACCAGAGCUCCUGGCCGUGGUGCCGCGCCCAGCACACGCUCUCAUCUUCAUCACGCCCUCUAACGCCUACCACGCCGUCGAGGCUGAAGACGUAGCCGCUGGCAAAAGAACACCAGCUCCUCCGAACCGGAAAGCUUACUCGAUGGAAGGCUUCGAUGGCCUCUAUCCCACUGACGGCAACCAGCCGGUCCUCUGGUUCCCCCAGACAAUCGGCAACGCCUGCGGCAUGGUAGCCCUGGUCCACGCCCUACUCAACGGUUCCUUGCGUGAGCGUCUGGUGCCGUCAUCGCCACUAGCUGGACUCCUCGAUGAAGCUCUAAAGCUGCCCUUACCCACUCAGCACGCGGACCUACUAUACAACUCAGCUGUUAUAGAAGAGGCACACAGCAAGGCGGCUGCUAGAGGCGAUACGGCUGCACCUGAUGCACAAGAUCCUAUUGGGUAUCACUUCAUGGCUUUUGUGAAGGGUGCGGAUGGAAAUCUCUGGGGGCUGGAUGGAAGCUUUGGUGGGAUGAUGUGCUAUGGACCUGUGGGCGAGGGAGAGGAUAUGCUGAGCAGCAAGGUCUUGGAUAUUGGGGUGCGGCGGUUUAUUAACGCAGGGGAAGGGAGUGCUGAGUUUAGUAUCAUUGCGCUCUCAGAAGACGAGGAGUAA